AUGGACAUUUCUUCUUUUUUUCUUCUUCCUUUCAUUUUUGUUUACCAUUUAUUAUUUUUAUACUACUCCUUGCUUGCCAGCUUCUUUCCAUCUUUUUCUUCCUUCCUUCCUUUUUUCUUACUUUUUCAUUCCCUCUUUCUUUCUUUCUUUUGUUGUUUUUCUUUCUUCUUUCUCUUCACUAUUGUUUCCUCCCUUCUUAACUCACUUCUUCUUCACUCUUUUCCUCCAUUCUUUCAUUCGUUUCUUCUUUUCUUCUUUUUUUUCUUACCAUCUUUCCUUCCAUUCUCCUUGAUUGUGUUCUUUCCUUUCUUUAUUUCUUUAAAAAUCACUAUUUCUUAUUUUCUUUCUUUCUUUGUCAUUCAUUUCAACGUUAAUUUUCCCAUCAUUCUUUAUUUAUUUCCUUCCUUCCUUCCUUCAUUCUAUCUUGUUUUCCCUUUUAUUUCCUUUCAUUUCACAUUCUUUCCUUCCUUCUUUUCAUUUGUCAGUCUUUCCUUUACUUCUUAUUUCCUUACUUCCUUCUCUUCUUCCAGUAUUCAUUUCCUUCCUUCCUUCCUUCCUUCCUUCCUUCCUUCCUUCCUUCCUUCCUUCCUUCCUUGUUUUCUUCCUUCCUUGUUUUCUUGCCGCCUUUUCUCUUUCCGUUACAUUUCUCCUCUAUUUUCUUUACAUUUUUUUUUCACCUUACUUUUUUUUCCUCAUUUCGUAUAUGCAUAUUAUUCCUCACCCUUCAUCCCGUCGCUACACUUUCACAUCUGUGCCACGACCGACGACAUAUAG